UGUUCAGGGAGAAUGACGGAGAUCUUGAAUCAGAUGUUAACCCUAUGAAGGCCCCUCGGGGUAACUACAAUAUAAUAAAGGAUGAAGAAGUUUAUGUUCUAACCAGAGAUACGUUUGCAUUUUUCGUGAAAAACAGAGACUUAGUAUUGGUUGAGUUCUAUGCCCCCUGGUGUGGGCACUGUAAGACCCUGGAGCCGGAAUAUGCUAAAGCUGCGAAAGAACUCUUAAAAGAAGGAAUACCCUUAGCUAAGGUUGAUGCUACUAAAGAGGGUGAGCUCGCUAAAGAAUAUUUUGUCCAAGGAUUCCCAACAUUAUUACUCUUCAAGAACGGGAAUAAGGUCGAAGACUAUACAGGAUCCAGGACGUCUGGUGAAAUAGUUGAUUAUAUGCGUAAACAGGCAGAUCCUAACUGGAGCCCUCCACCUAGUGUCAUUCUUACCUUAUCUCAGGAUAACUUCACGAAGGUGGCGAAGACGAAGGACUUGAUGUUGACGAUGUUCUACGCCCCGUGGUGUAAACAUUGUAAACAGCUUGAACCUGAGUUCGAGGGAGCUGCGCAGGAACUGCAGGAGUGGGGGAUUGUACUCUCUAAGGUUAAUAAAGAAACUACACAACUGGAAGCUACUGUAGUUGGUUUCUUCAAAGGCAAAUCUGAUUUGUUUGAUGAAUACCUGGUCGCCGCGAACGAGAUGAGAGGUCUUUUCAGAUUUCUCCACACUACUGAUACUGAUAGGUUUCUCCACACUACUGAUCCUGAUAGAUUUCUCCACAAUACUGAUACUGCUCUUUAUUUAGAUUUCUCCACACUACUGAUACUGAUAGGUUUCUCCACACUACUGAUACUGAUAGAUUUCUCCACAAUACUGAUACUAUUUCUCCACACUACUGAUACUGCUCUGGCUAAAGAGUUUGGAUUCCCUCCUGAUACAGUAACAGUUUUCCAACCUGAGAUCUACCAUUCUCCGUAUGAGAACAAGACGUUCUCGUUCACCAAGAAGUCUGGGACAUACAAGGAGAUCAUUCAGUUCGUCAGGAAAAGUUCAAUUCCUCUGGUUGGGCAGAGAACUCGAACUAAUCUUCAUAAAUACAGUGAGAGACCUCUUAUUGUUCUCUAUUAUGAUGUUAAUUUCGAUCAUCAGUUCGUCAAGGACACCCAGUUUGUCCGAGAGAAAGUUCUAAAAGUGGCAAAAUAUUUUAUAGAUUCCAAUCUACGAUUUGCUCUCAGCAAUGAGGAAGAGUUUGAGGAUGAACUUAAAGCUCUUGGUUUAGAAGAUUCUGGAGCUGACGUUAAUGUUGCCUGCUAUACAGAUAAACAGAAGUUUAGGAUGGCAGUGGAGGAAGAUUUUGAGCCUGAGAGCCUGGGCAACUUUGUGGAAGGACUCCGGACUGGCAAGGUUAAACCGUUUAUGAAAUCUCUACCAGUUCCCAAGCGGCAAGACAGCAUUAUUAGAAAGAUUGUUGCGGACAACUACGACGAAGAGAUCCAUAUGGUGAAGAAGGAUGCAGUUCUCUUCUUCUAUGCGCCCUGGUGCGGGCACUGCAAGGAGAUGGACCCGGUUUUGAAAAAAGUUGCGAAAAAAAUUACAAAGACUAAUGAGAAUAUCGUCUUCGGCAAGAUUGAUGGGACAGUGAAUGACAAACCGUACAUGUUUCCCAACCUAAAGGGAUAUCCUUCUUUGUUCUUCAUUUCUGCUUACGAGAAGUAUGAUCCUAUUCUUUACCAAGGAGACAAGAGUUACAAAUCUGUCAAGGACUGGAUCAAUAGGCAUUCCAGCAUAUUCUUGACAGAUGAUGAGAAGAACGGAGAUGUAUCUCUGGAUGAUGAUGAACUACCAGAACUACCGGAAACUAUUGAAAGUUUUCAGACUGAGAAUAUUGAAGAGUCAAUGAAGAAGAAACCUGAAGAGAUCGUUGAAGAUGAAACCGAAAAGAACCCAAAGGAUGAACUGUGAUUGAUUAGUAACCUAAAAUUCUCAAAGUAUUAAUUAAUACUUGACAAGUAUAGUUUAAAGUAUAGUAUAAAGAGCUUCUUCCAAAUGAAAUUCUAAUUCCGGAAACAAAUUAAAUCAUCUAUGUAUUCUUUUCUUAAAAUAUUUUAUGUAUUAUAUAUAUGAAUGAAUGGGAUGAAUGAUUAUUGAAAUAAACUCAACUUUGUUCUUUAAA